AAAUAAUCAAGAUUCGGAAGCCGAACAACAUACAUACAUACGUCAAUGUGAAAUCAUGAGAGGCCGGGGAAAACGGAAAGCAAAAUGCAAUGUAAACCCGAUGCCUGGAUGAUGCGGAGGUUGUGGCCCAGAACGUCGCGUAAGCAUUUGGCAUGUUGAUCUAACCGUCCAGCUCGGGUUGGAGUUAUUCAGAUACAUAGACUUGGGUUGCAAGGGCGAUAUCAUGAUACCACGCAUUGCCGGGGUUGUUCUCAGCCGACCUCGGCCAGUGAAAAAAAUAUUGCAGAUAUGCUAAAUCUGUGGAUGAUGUAAAGCUUGCUUGAUUGAAGAUUGCUAGCUACGUGGGAAGUUAUAUGGUGGGAGGCUUAUUAAUCUAAGACCUGCAGGUCUGACAGAAUCACCAUCAGGAAGGUUUUUGGAGACAGGGGAUAUGGCAAAGAGAGCUGAAAGAUUAGGCAGGGAGUUCCAGCUGCGCUGAUUGACAACGUUAGUGCUAUGGUAUAUAAGGGAGGCUGAGUCCCCGUUUUGGCAGACCUAUGAACGGCGAACCAAAUAGUUUAGUCUGAUAUCCUCAUUUCCUUAUUCCCAUAAAGAGGGUUGUCCCGAAGGAUUUCAUCAAGAGAGCGCCAACGUGCAUCGCGAGCACGAAACAGCAUCGCAAUGAGUGAAGAACAAAAUCACCCCCUUGCUCAACCGGCAGCUUUCGCCAACCCGCUGCCAGAGUUAUCUGCAGAAGACUAGAAAAUUUUCAACUACUUUGCAGACAAAAUGGAUAUCCAUGUCAGUGAGCACGAGGAAAAUUUCGAAAAGUCAAGAUAUCACUUGUCAUUUUGCAGCAAUAUCCUGACAGCUCAUGUAACAUAACGACUUUCGCGAAAUAUGGGUGACAUUAUACGACGCCUGCGUUGCCAACGAGCUUCCAAAGGACAUGUCUGUGGAGCAGUUCAUCGAAAUUGGAACAAACUUCUGCAAUAACCUGCAAAUCCACCAUGGGGUUGAGGAGCAACUGGUGUUUCCUUACUUGGGCCAGCGUAUGCCAGCGUUUAAAGUUGAAAAUAACGAACUCGAGCUGCUUGUGUAGCACCAACGUAUCCACGCGGGUCUGGCGAAGAUGCAGGGGUAUCUUUCGGCGUGCGAGGGUCCCAAGAAGGAGUUCGAACUGAAAGAUUUGAAGGCGAUUACGGAUGGAUUUGGGGAGAUCUUGUGGUUCCAUAUGGAUGACGAGGUGGAUCAACUUCGCGCGGACAAAAUGCGGCCGUAUUGGUCGCUCGAGGAGAUAAAAGCUAUGCCUGUUUAUGAGCUUGUAGCAGAGGAACUACUAGCUCAAAUUAGUGUUACUCCCUAUUAGUGCAUUCGGGGUGUAUAUACAUGAAGUAUGUACUGUACAUCUUGUCCAUUGUCAAGGUAUACCAUCGCAUGCAAAAGCUUUCCCUUUGACUGUCAUUCAAUAAAACGCAGCCACAUACAAGUUUCUGUUCCUUUGGAAAUAAUAUAGAUGCGAAGAUGGGGUAUUGCACAUCCGGUAAUGGAAACCCCAUGUUGACUGUAUACAGCUUCCUUUGCUAUACCGCGCUGAGCAACUGAAUGUUUGAACUUUCCCUCCGCGUCUUCAGAAGUUUCUUUGGGGGAACGAGUCGAAUUUCGUGACCGUUUUCUCUUACAAGGCGGCCCCCCCUGCGCUCCUUUUGGAUGUGCUGAGCAACGUGCUGAGCAGACACGCCGGAUUGUGCAAAUAGAUGGUUUAUCUCCUCCAAUGUCAUGUUGGCUGGCUCCGGGUAACAGAAGCACACAAAAGGAAUGAAUGCGAAAUUGGCCCGCAUAAAUAUCGAAAACACGUUCCCUUGUAGUCUGUUGAAAAUAACUGGCGUGACGAUAUUGAUGAUGGUGACAAAGCUCUGUGUUACCAAUAUUAGCAAAUCCCUACAGCAGUUGUGGAGAGUAUGAGGGGGGGCACCAACCCAAAACCAGGUAGAUGAAAUUCCAAUCGCUGUUCCUUUCUCUCUGGCAUGGAUGUGGAAGAUCUCAAGGACAUAGACCCACGCGAUGCAAUUGACCGACGCGCCGAGUAUAAGCAUAUACUACCUCAGCCACGGGGAUGUCCUGCGGGGAUGGAACAUGGACUGGCGCUAUACAGUAACUUGAGGAAGAAAUGCAACACCAGCCGCAGCCGUUGGCCUCUCUACCGCUGUCCCCCUACAACUCAACAAUAUCGAAAUCAUCAGGUACCCUCAAGAUUGCUAUCCUCAAGUGGUGGAAUAUUGCGUCCAAAAGUAAAAGAGGGGGAAAAUGCGAUCUCUCU